UAUUGAACUUGGGCCGACUCAGGUAAGACUACAAAUGUUUGAAACAUCGUACAAACCCAAAAAUAAGAAUCCUGCAACCGUGAAGACCCAAACAACCAGCGAUCCUUCGGCUUUUCUUUUCCUCUUCUGGGUUAAUCUAUCAGACUCGGAUGGCGCAAUGAGUUAGUUGAUUGUGAGUUAGUCGUGGAAUCACAUUGUCAUCAGAGUUUUGGAAGAGAAAGAUGAAGCAGCUUCGGUGGGCAAUGGAUGGAGAUUUUUGGGAGCUAGACAUCUCCACUCCCACCACCCUCGAGGGCACUGCGCGGCCGGUCCCCGGCGAUUCACUCCCUCUCGGCCUCUCAAGAGGCGCCAGGCUCUCCAGGCCCAACCAGAUCGACUUCUUCCACCGCUUCAUGGCUACACCUCUCCUUCCCUCUUAUUCCUCCCUCCGCGGCUUCUCUCUGCAGCGAGUCUUCACUAUCCCUUUCUCCAACACCUGGUAUGCUACCCUGCUGGGUCAGUUCAAUUGCCGAAAGUUCUUGUCUUCUCUGAAGGAGAGUGGGUUUGCGACCCAGUCGGCCUCCUCCCGGCUGCACAACAUUGCCAGAUAUUUUCGUGAAAAAUCUUUGUACGCGCUUGGUUUGUGCUCUGAGUUCUUACUAACGCCGGACGAUACUCUCAUUCUUAGCUUCGAUUCUUGCGGUGAUGACAAUACUAUUCCUCGCAAGAAAGCAGUCCUGCAUCACAAGUUCCCGGGUCACAAUCUAACAGCGGAGGCAGCUUGGCCUGGACUUUUUGUGGACAAACAUGGUGAUUAUUGGGAUGUGCCCUUUUCUGUGGCACUUGAUUUGGCUUCUGUUGCGUCUGAUUCUGGACCUAGUUAUCAUUUCUGCGUGCGCCAUAAUGAUGGGCUGCCUACAUUGCUUCAAGGUGAUCAAACCUCACAAGUACCAGUUCCUCUACUUCCCGGUUUGUCUAUCAAGACUGCAUUUUCUUAUAAGAAUAGCGUUGAUAUUUGGAAGAGUAGCGCUAAGAUGCUCAAAAUGAAGCAACCUUAUGACUUUUUCCUCUCAAAUCCCCAUGUUUCGGCAUCAGGGAUCAUCGGCACCGUGAUGACGGCUCUUAUUGGUGACAAUUCUGUGAAAUCACGAGUUCAACAAGAUUAUCAGGGUUUUGGAGGCUUAUCUCUUCAUGCUGCUUCCAUAAAAUCUGCCUUUUUAGCAGAUAUAUUUGCAUCCGUCUCACUUACAGCACAAUAUGGAAACUUUCAGAAAAUGUUUUUGGAUCUUACUCGGUGUCAUGCUCGGUUGAAUUUUCCUUCUGGUUCCAGAUUUCUUUCAGGUGCCACAAGUUUAGCACAAGAUUUUUUCAAUUCUCAGCAGCCAACCCUGGAUACAGUUCAGGCAAUUUGCCCUAAGAUUUCCAUUUCUCUGCAGCAGCAGGUGGUUGGACCUUUUAGUUUUAGAGUGGAUGCAGGAUUUGCAGUUGAUUUGAGAAAGAAAGAAUUUCCAGUAUGCAUAGAGGAUCCAGUUUUUGCUGUUGAGCAUGCGUUGCAGGUCCUGGGUUCUGCCAAGGCCGUCGCAUGGUAUUCACCAAAGCACAAAGAAUUCAUGAUAGAGCUUCGAUUUUAUGAGACCUAGUACCCUGGGGGAAUAUGUUCAAAAAAGAAACCCUACAUUUUGGCUUCUGAUAUGUAGGGCCAAUUGGGGGAAGAUACUGUAAUAUUUCAGCUUGACUCCAUUUCACAAACUUCUUGUAGACGUUAUGUUGUCCGAGAAAACAAGGGUGUCCUUUUAGCCCCAGAGAUUAUUAUGUUCUUGUUUCAGGAGGACAGGGGUAGAGACUUUUAUUUGAAGAAAAAAGGGAGAGGUUGUUGUUUUGAGAAGAGAGGGGAUUCAAUCCAGUGAAUGAGACUAAAAACCUCAUUUUGAAA